AUAGUAUCAAUAAAUGUUAAAAUUGGCGGUUGGCCAAUCGGUAAAAAUGAAGAAGAUUGUUUUUUGUCGUUCCCCUUUUUGUGAUACGAGUGCAUUUUUUGUUCUAUUUUUAAGCGUAUAAUUGGCAUCGAUAAUCCCAUAAAUGAUAAAACCCGCGACGAAAACAAGAUAAUAGGGAACCUUAUCAAAGGCCAACACAAAGGGGCACUGUGGUAGUUUAGAAGGCGCCUGCUUCACAAAACGAAGUACCAUCUCGAUCGUGCCACAAAAAAAAAGCGCGCGCCCAAAAGAAGUAAGUAUCAGCUUUCGUUCUCCGUCGAGAAAUGUGCGGAGAAAAGCAGCUACCCGUCGACGGUAUCAUGGUCGGUGUGUUAAAAACGGUUAUCGAACAGUGCAAUAAAAGGACUAUGUGUCGUAAAAGUCUGUGACGGUAACCCAACAAACAACUAAUGCGACUAAUGGCUACAUCAUUUAAAAGAAACCACUCAAGACGCCGCAUCGCCGCCGUCACCUUCUUAUCCAACAUAUCCUUGGACGGCAGUUACAGGGACACGCGUUUAGCGCUACUUCCACGUAUUGGGGUCAUCGCCAAAGCCCCGUGUUUCAACAAUGACAACAUUCUCGAAGAGUCUGACGACGAUUUUAGCGAAUCGGAAUGCAAGUCUCUGUGUAGAAAAGGCACAAUUAAUAAGAGCGCCAUCGAUACCGAAGAAGCUCUAAUACAACAGGAAAAAGUUGAUACUUUGAAGGAAACUCCGGAAGUGCAAAUGAGAACAAGGUUGCGCAAACGUCUGCCAUACCAAAGCUCGGUCGUGCACAGCGAUACGGAAAAGAACCCUUACGGGAGCAGUUCCGAAAGUUUGGGGCCCCCGCGUACCCGUAGCAGCACGUCGCCGGCGCCUAUACUCGAACAGGCCACCAGACAAGUGAGAGUGCUCAAGCCCACCCAACAUACAAAGUUUGGCAACGAGCGGAUAAUUAUGGUGACUUCGAAACACGUGCCCUUUAUGGUGUGUUCUUUUAUCCCGUAUAAUAAAAAAAAUCGGUCAGAACACAAGCAGGAAAAACGCAAACGUACGGUGUCAGGUAAUAGACCCCUGUCUUCGGUGGGUGACUCUUUGGAUCCCUUUGAUUUAUUGGGUAUCGAAAGGCCCCCCGACGGCCAAGAAGUAUCUUACGGUUACCUGCUCACACCGUCUCAAGUAGACAUUAGCAGAAAGGGGGUUAACGUAGAGGAAAUGAAUGAUCACAAAAGGCACAUUGUGAGCAUCCAACCGGAAUAUAGGUGGUGCUUUUCUUACGAUCAGCCUGGUCAGUCGCCACCCGAUCCUAAGGUGGAUACUUCGGGGGUGUAUCAUCCUUAUUUAUUAGACGACCCGGAGCUUAUAGCGGGCAAACACAGAACUUUGCUGACCUUCGCCUCCUACAUGACGUCGGUCAUAAACUACGUCAAACCUUCCGAUUUGAAACGCGAAAUCAACGACAAGUUCAAAGCGAAAUUCCCGCACAUUAACCUCACUUUGAGCAAGCUGCGCAGCAUCAAGCGCGAAAUGAAGAAAAUCGUCAAACACGAGUGCAACAUCGACCUGCUAACGGUCGCCCAGGCUUACGUCUACUUUGAAAAGCUCAUCCUUAAAGGGUGCAUCAACAAACAAAAUCGUAAAUUGUGUGCGGGGGCCAGUCUGAUACUGUCAGCGAAAUUAAACGACGUCAAAGGGGACACUUUGAAAUUACUUAUCGAGAAAACGGAAUCGACAUUCAGGGUGGCGAGGAAGGAACUUAUGGCUUGCGAGUUCGCCGUUCUGGUAGCCCUCGAGUUCGGGCUGCAUCUCCCUACGUCCGAGGUUUAUCCACACUACCAACGUUUACUUUACGAUUCAUGACCCGCGGCCGUCAUAGGCGGUUCCAUGGUUUCUUGCAUUAAUUUGCCUCUCCCUUUUAGCAAAAAACUUCUCUUUUAAAUGUCCACUUCGUAACGGGCACUCUACACAGCGCAACUUCGUAUUUUUAAUUAUUUAAUCGGCAUUUUUUUAAAGUCGAUUGGUAUGAUACAGACUCAAGCAUACGUACCGUAAAUUUACAUGACAGUUACUAUUGUUGCCAACAAUAGACAACUAUCUUAUAUUGGUUGGUUAGUUUUUGCCGACUUGAAAAACAACUUUAUAUUUAGUGAAUUCACUUAUACGAUUAUAAAUUAAGAAUACGAAAUUGUAAAUCCGCAUUUGGGUUUGUGUCAUUAAUCGGUGUGAUUCAUCUCCUUUGUGUACCUGAAAACUGUUUUUGAAACUUGCACGAGUACUUAAUCGUCACAGGUGUUCAAGUUUUUAUUGUCUAUAAUUUCCGUUAAAGGCAUUAAAAACAGGUGGCGUUACAAUGUCCCAUAAUUCCGGAGGGUUAAUGUGAUUUAGAUUUAAUUAUGAUUUAUUAUUUUACAACGUAAAAGGGUUUAGCUUUACUUUUUGGCGUUCCUGUAAAUCUGUCUAAUUUUGAUUGCUCAAUUGUUCAGUUCCUUAACGUUUUUGCUAGAACCUGGUGCGUACUUACAUUGUUUUGGACGUUUGUUGUUUUAUUUACGUGAACCGCUUAAAGCUGUUUAAUUUAAAAAUAUUUUUUUUAUAAUUGUUUUGUUAUAUUUUAUAUAUUUUUAUUUACUGUCGGUGGUUUUUUCUAAACAAUGGCCUUAUAUUCCUUCAAAGGUCUCGGUCCGUCAAAGGACUCGAUGUAAUGUAAAUGUAUACAUAUACAUGUUUUAAAACAUAAUAUUAAUUGCUAUAUUCUAGAAACAAGUUGUAUUGAGCUUGCGUUUAAUAUAAUAUAGCUACUUAAUUUUCGUAAUGAACGACUUGUAUAUUUACGGAUUUGAAUGUACAUUUAUAUAAACAAAAUGCACUGUUUAAUGAUUAUUAAUUUACAGCUUUUAUUUAAAAUAAACGGUUUGUUGGUUACAAAGAUGUUUUUCUUCAG